AUUCUUAUUAAUCUUUAGUUUCAUUUAUUUGCUGUGUAUAUAAAUCUGAGCGUUAGGGCGGAACUAAUUAUCUGUAGUAUGUGGUUUCCGCCCGGAGCGGCCGGUAUGUGGACAGUACGCAGGGCGAGCGUAAACAUUUUCCGCUGUUUAUUAUUAAUUUAAUAUUUUUGGGGUUUCUGGAUUUACUAUUCUGUACUGAAGCUCCGCGAUUCUUCUAAAUACGUAGCACAUUUAUCUUUGAGGACAGAUCUACACACUCUUGGCCUCUCAGUGUCUUCUUGAGGGAGAGUCACCUGGAAUAGUUUUCUCAGCGUUUUGAAGGAGUUCCUGGAGGUGCUGAACAAUAGUUGCUGCUUUCCCUUCACGCUGCAGCUUAUCCCAAAUCACCUCAAAUCAUCAUCUUAGUUCAUCAGGUGAGCUAUGGUGGGCCCCUGUCCUGAGUGCGGGUCAAGUAACGUGGUGGAGGAUGAUCUGUACUCUCAGAAGCAGUGGGUGUGUGAGGACUGCGGCUCACUGGUAUCAGAGGGAGUCUUCACCACCACCCUCAGUGACGAGCAACACAGCCGCACUGUGCCAUAUUACGAGAGCACUGAGACCAGCAAGAAACCCUGUCCCAAUCUUAUUAAAGGUCUGAGCCGGGUGCGGGCUCUGUGCCGGAUCCUGCGAGUGCCGGGUGAUAUGGAGUCGGGGGCUGUCAGUCUGUUUGAGCGAGCUUACGGUAACCCAGCCUUCCUCCAGGUGCGUCUGCAGAAGAAGGAGGUGCUGGGCGGGGCUUGUAUUCUUCUCAUAUGCAGGCAGAACAACCGGCCCGUCACCAUGGGCACCAUCAGCAACUUGCUGGAGGUGGAGCUAGCUUUUGUUGGUGUGGUUUAUCAGGACCUGAUCAAAGCUCUGAACAUCGAACCCUCAACCGCCACCAGCCUCAUCAACAUGCUGGAGAGCUACUGCUACGGGUAUAAACUCUCUCCUGGGGAGGUGGCGGAGGUGUUUGCAGAGACGCCUCGGCGGCUGGUGGAGCGCAGCACUGCGCUGGCGGAGCUGGCAGCUGAUACGUGGCUGGUGACGGGCCGGCAGCCUCUGCCACUCCUCAUGGCGUGUGUUUACGUGGCCUGGCAGUCUUUAAAACCAAUGGGGCGAAUGAAGGUGAGUCUGAAUAAAUUCUGUGUGAUCGGUGGGCUGGGGAAGGAGGUGUGUGGGGCGAGGAAGGACACGGCCCAUAAGCGUGUGGUUGAGCUGCGGGACGUCCUGUGUAAACUGGGUAAGGAGCUGCCGUGGCUGAGAGGGGACACUGUGGAGCCUGGCACUGUGGCCAAACUGGUGGAUGACAUCCUAAAGCACCGGCAGGCCCUGCAUCUGAAGGCUAUGAGGCAUUAUGAGGAGGAACUUCAGCUGCAGUUUGGCGAUCAGCUGGCCAGCUCCGACUCGUCAGCUCCGGCCACAUCUAAAGCAGGUGACAAAUCAGAACCGGACCCCUCCCCUCAGUCUGAGCUAAGUCCAUCAGAAUCCAAGCUGAAGGGGCGGAGCCAGAACCUCAGCACUGUAAAUACAACAGAAGUGGGCGGUGAGCCCCCUGCUGGUGAGCUGCACUGGGGGAAGAGACACCUGUUUCUGCCCCCGUCUGUCCGUCCCGACAAGCAGAGGCGAGUCGACCCCCCAGUGCCGGCGGUGACGGGUGAUGAGGAGAUCUCUGACAGUGAAAUCGAGACCUACAUCCGCUCGCCGGAGGAGAUCCGGAAAUACCUGACCGUGCAGCAGAAGCUGAAGGAGGACGGGGACUGAUUAUCUGUUCUGAUUAUUGGUUAUUGAUCAGUGUGAAGUGCUCCAGCAGUUCAUUUCAGGUUAUUUAUUCAGUUGUAAAGUUUGUUAUUGUUGUUGUUUUUUUUUUUGCUGUUACUUGUUGUUUUAAUAAGUUGCACUGAGACUAAUGAUAAAAGUUUGUACUUUUAUUGAUUAUUAUUACUGAUUAUUUGAAGCUCAGGCACUCAGCACUUUAUAAAAUAACCAGCGAGGGUCAGAACAGGGAUGGACGCUUUGUUUUUGGACAAUUCCUACAAAUUUCGGACCAAAUACAGGGAGUUUAUACAGGCUAUCAUUACUUGUUAAACAAUAGAAGAAGAAAGAACUGGAACGCCCACAACUGUAUGGCUUACACCUGUCUGGUGUGUAAGUUGUGAGUUGCUAUCUUGUGAGUGAGGCUGGUCUAGGCCUGUCACAAUAUUUCUGUUAAACAACUUCUCAACAUGCCCUCAAUUUUUUUUCAAUCCUUCAUUCCAAAAAUAGACUGUGAUGUGACUGAAACACUAACUCAAUUUUUAGAAUAUUUGUAUUUCAAUUCCAUUAUGUACAUUUAUUUUCUAAAUUGAAAAGUCUAUAAAGUUUAUAAAGUCAUGCUCUCUGUUCGCAGCCUGGUUAGUGUCGUCUCGUUGAUGUCCUUUCCUGUUUUUUGCUGCUCUGGUUUUACUGGGAUCAGAUUUUUAUUAUUUGUCUGACUCAGUAAUAAUAAACGUCCUGUUCUUC